UCUGCGCCUCUUCAUUCGUCGUCAAACUGCGAGAGGCCAGCGCCGCUGCAAACAUCGACAUCCCAUUCAAGUGGGUGUUAAACCGUUACAGCAGCACGCAGAUGGAUUAACAAAAAAAAUAUAUAUAUCAUCCCCUCUUCGCUCCAUCAAGCGACGCUCUGUGUUUCCCGGGGAGCAGACAGCCGAGGAUGAGCCUUUUCUCUCCGCUGGAGGAGGCUUCGCUGCUGCUGCCGUGUGGGGGAGUGGGUUACAUCCUGUGGCGUUUCCUGUGUUUGUAAACUAGACGCUGCUGAAAAAACGUCGGAGGCGUGAGGCUAAAAGGUAGAUACACACACGUCUCCUCGGCUCUUCCCUUGAUGCUCUUUUUAAUGCUAGAUGAGUGAGGUGGGUGUGGCUUCCCACCAGCCCGACCAUCCUGACUGACGGAUCUCUGGAUGACCUUGUCCCCACCCCUGUCCCUGCGCUCACAUACACCACAGCAAUGUCACAUCUGCCCAGCAGCUCAGUCCGCGACCAUAUGAAAUGGGCCGGGCUGCUUGGUUGUGAAGCUGUCCUUUCAAGUAUGGCCCUGAUGCAGGCCAGUUCCAUGGCUGCUCCGCCCAAAAAAAUGAUGGCUCCUCUUGGCCAUGUACCACAACAGAGAGAGGGACAUGACCGUGGUCCCCAGAGCCACAUGAUCCUCCCCUCUGGAAUGAGCUGUCCACCCCUGCUUAUCCGGAAGGAAGGUGAAUACCAAGCUCCCCGCCUGCUGGAUGAGAAGGAGAUGAGAGCCAACGAGGACAUGCAGCAGAAAAAAAAGAACCGGAAAUCAGUGACGCCCUGUAAAGUGAGAGAACAAGAAGGAAGGGGAGGGAAGGGCACAGGUGGAGAUGAGAACGGUCCAUCAUCUAAAGUGCAGAAAAACUUUAUUUGUGAUCACUGUUAUGGAGCAUUUAGGAGCGGAUACCACCUGAAGAGACAUAUCCUCAUUCAUACAGGGGAGAAGCCGUAUGCUUGUGCCAUAUGUGACAUGAGGUUUAUUCAGCGUUACCACCUGGAGAGACACAGCCUCAUUCAUACGGAAGUGUGCACUGUGGGGGUGAAGCCGUACGCUUGUUCCAUGUGUGACAUGAGGUUUUUCCAGCGUUACCACCUGGAGAGACACAGACUCACUCAUACGGGUAUGCGUCCAUUAACCGUACCCAGUUCAAGGGUGAAGCCCUACGCUUGCUCCAUGUGUGACAUGAGGUUCUUCCAACGUUACCAUCUGGCAAGACACAGCCUCACUCAUACUGGGGUGAAGCCAUACGCUUGCUCCAUGUGUGACAUGAGAUUUUUCCAACGCUACCACUUGGCAAGACACAGCCUCACUCACACGGGGGUGAAGCCAUAUGCUUGCUCCAUGUGUGACAUGAGAUUUUUCCAGAGAUACCACCUGGCAAGACACACUCUCACCCACACGGGGGUGAAGCCAUACGCUUGCUCCAUGUGUGACAUGAGGUUCUUCCAGCGUUACCAUUUGGCAAGACACAGCCUCACUCACACGGGGGUGAAGCCAUAUGCUUGUACCAUGUGUGACAUGAGGUUUAUACAACGGUACCAGCUGGAAAGACACAGUCUCACUCACACAGGGGUGAAGCCGUACGCUUGCACCAUGUGUGACAAGAGGUUUUUUCAGCGCUACCACCUGGCGAGACACAGCCUCACUCAUAUGGGUGUGAAACCUUAUGCUUGCACCAUGUGUGACAUGAAGUUUUUUCAGCGUUACCACCUGGCGAGACACAGCCUCACUCAUACGGGUGUGAAACCUUAUGCUUGCACCAUGUGUGACAAGAGGUUUUUUCAGCGCUACCACCUGGCGAGACACAGCCUCACUCAUUUGGGUGUGAAACCUUUUGCUUGUACCAUGUGUGACAUGAGGUUUGUUCAGCGUUACCACCUGGCGAGACACAGCCUCACUCAUACGGGUGUGAAACCUUACGCUUGCACCAUGUGUGACAAGAGGUUUUUUCAGCGCUACCACCUGGCGAGACACAGCCUCACUCAUUUGGGUGUGAAACCUUUUGCUUGUCCCAUGUGUGACAUGAGGUUUGUUCAGCGCUACCACCUGGCGAGACACAGCCUCACUCAUACGGGGGUGAAGCCGUAUGCUUGUUCCAUGUGUGACAUGAGGUUUAUUCAGCGUAACCACCUGGAGAGACACAGCCUCACUCAUACGGGAGAGAAGCCAUUUGCUUGUGACAUGUGCGAUAUGAGGUUUAUCCAGCGCUACCACCUUGAGAGACACAAGCGUGUCCACAGUGGGGAGAAGCCUUACCAGUGUGAACGGUGCCAGCAGAACUUUUCUCGGACAGACCGGCUUUUGCGGCAUCGGCGGUUAUGCCAGGGUCGCAACGUAGCCAAAGUAGAGAACCAGCCGUGCUGCGAACCACGUCCAUAUGCCCAAGAACCCCCACCCGCACCCCCAACCUGGAGUCCUCUGCAUCCCCCUCCAGGCCGGCUGGCGGUCUGACAUUCCAUGUUCCCUACAUCCACCACACGGCUAGAGAAGGGACAAGCCACAGGGUUCUUUUUCUCAGCUCUGUGCUUAGUGGGGCCACACUAGAGCACAGACUGAUCUUGCAGCUCCAGUCUUGGGAUUACUAAUGACAGAGGGACAUUUUGUGUUAUUGUUUUGUUGACUUUUUACUGUGUCUUCCUUUUUUUCCUCCCUGUUUUUUUAAAGACUAGACUUUUCUGUGAUGAACAGUGGUCCCGUUUUGUACUUAAUCUAAUUCAUUUUUGCAAAAAGAAAAAAAAGGUUUAUUAUUGUUAAAAAAUACCUGCAUUCGGUGGUACUCUGGAAGGGCAGUGGGGAUUGUUUAUCCUGACGUCUUGGCAACAAAAUGGGAUGAAGUGGUGAGAAAAAAGUAUUAGACCUUCUUUCUAAGUUUCCUUAUGUGGCCCAUUUUGAUGCAGAAGAAUUGUCACUUGGGUCAAAAUACAUUUAACCCCCUUUGUGAAACAAGGAAACCAUUGUGUUCACAUCUCUCGAACCAGAUCUUUUUUUACUCUGCAGGUAACAAAGUUACGCAUAAGACAUUUCACUAAAAUCAGGGUCUGUUCUUAAUGAAGAUCACCUUGACUUCACCGUCACAGAAGGAACAGUCUUAAUGAUUUACUCGUGUAAAUAAUUGAAAAUAUGAAUUAUAAUUUCACCAUGGGGCUUAAGUGAUGAUAUUUUUUUUUUAUGCAAAAUGGGCCAGAAGGAAACUGGAAAUUAAAUUGUGUCAAACACGGUCGGUUCCCACUAUUUCAGCGAAAUCUUGAACACAAGAGUGUUAAUGUACAAACAAAAAGAAAUAUCAGACAGUGCUUCAUAACUGUAAACAAGGACUUCCAAGAUGUGGAUGAUGAGAGGGCAACCUGCACGUUGUGUUCUGUGUAUGCUGAUGACUCAGGAAAUGGCACAAGAUGGCAGCCUUAGCGAGUCCUCCUCUUCAGUUACGCUAUUGUACUUACAGCUGUGUAUAUUUUCAGUGUAUACAGAGAUCUCCAGUGCUUAAUAGAAAACUGUCUCUCGGCUCUGUCCAUAGAUCCUGGUCUAAAAUAAGGCAGGUUGGCCACUUGAAGUCCCAUUAUGUUGUUUGUACAGAUACUCACGUUGUGAGAUUAGUGGAGGUAUACAGAAUCGCGUGGCCUUAGUGUGUUCCUGUUUGUUUUCUUUUCAUUUGACUUUUUUCUUAACUGUUUAUUAUCGUGGAUCAGAUGUAUUUACUAAGAUGGCACAGCCUUUCAUCAUCAUGGUUUGUGUUUUAUUUUUUAUCUUGACGCCGUCGUGGUUACAGAAUGUUGAUGGCUUUAGUGGAGCUACAAAAGACGUGUUCUGUCAAAAGAGGUUGUCUUUAUGAUGGUAAAGAAUAUUUGGGGUCGUGUUACACAGUGUAUAAUCCUAAAGGAGCCCUUGGGAGUCAAACAGUCCUUGUGAGAAGUCGGUAAUGCUCAAUUGUCUCCCACUGCAGUGCUUUGGCCGCUCACAGGCCACCGCAGAAUCAACACAUUCGCUUGAAUCUGCUUCACACUAACAAUUGCCUUUUUUAUCCAAAUACUAUGUGGUUGGUGUGUAAUACUGGAUGUCUGUCAUGUCAUUGGGUUUAGCCUUAAGUAAGUGCAAAUACACAAAUGAUCAUUGUAGUACUAAAUGAUAUUGUAACAAACAAUUUCUUUUCAAGAUUUAUGAACUUUGUUCGUACUCGUUUGGAGGUAAUUGGCAGAGAGACGGUUGUUCGGAGCCGAUGUGCUGCCUGUUGGGGAAUUUCUCAAACUUGAUCCUUUCUGUGAUUGGCUAGUUAGUGAUAGCGGUGUCCUGAUCGAGCUGUUUAACCCGGAGUUCAGUGCUGGGUAGGAGGUUAGUUUACCAGACAGGACAUGUUCAUAUUAAGACGUCAUAACAGAGCGAUGGCAGAAAUCCUUUAAUGGAGAUUUUAGGAGACUGCAGUCUGAUUUGAUUUACACAUGGUUUUAAUUUAAAGGUUAAGAUGAGACUAAGUAGAUAUGAAAUCCGGGGUAACUUUAUUUGGAUUUUGAUUUAUUAUAUUAACAGAUGUUUGUGUUUGAUUAAAAAAGAUCUGAGUUUAGGACUUUUCCCCAAAAGUAUGACAGGAAGUUUUUUUUUAAUGAUCCGUUGAUAUCAAGACAAAGUUUUGUGACGUGUAAAUGUGCACAAACAGGGGAUUUAGUUUGAAGUGAAAGGAUAAAGUUUGAGAAAUGCAUUACAUUGCUCUGGAAUCACACAUUACAAUUCUGUGGAAGGGAUAAGGCUGGCAUGAGCACCUACUGACAAAUGGAUAAAGGGCAAUACAGUAUAUAGUUAACGUCACUUGUUAAUACCUUUUUUUUUCAUUUAUUGUUUUUAGUAUUAUCAAUCGCAUUGUUAAAGGCAAUAGAAUCCUUGAGUCUCAAAUCAUUUGUUUAUAAGAUUGAGGUUUAAUUUUUCAGACGGAUCAAAUGAUUUAUUUGAGAAUUUCUCAUCACAUUUUGAUGAUUGUUUCAAGGACCUUUUUUUAUUCUGAUGAAAAUGUAAACACUGGAGUGAGAGGAAAAAAAGACAAAAAAGAGAUGGAUAUUUUUUCCUUCAGACUGUACUAGAUUUUAGGUUUUAGACUAAGCCUAUUUCUCCUCAACCUGACAGAAAGUGGACAGAACAAUUUGGAUCAGUACAGUUGAGAGCCCAGUAUGUUCAGUAAUUUUGACAUUAGACGCAGUAGUUCCACAAGAAAAUGUUUUUUUUUUUCUUAUACAAAGUCCCUGGUAUUUGUAGUAAAUUAUAUUGAUAAUGGUCUUAGAUGAACAACAGCAUAACAGUAGCUAUCACAGAUUAGUUGUUUUCUUUAUUAGUCUUGCAUGCAGAGUUAUGGUCCUCAGUUAAGAUAGGAUCUUGAUAUUGAUUAUUUUGUGUAGGAAAAUGAGUGCAUAAGAAUAACUUCCUAAAAAAAUGUUACAAUGAUUAUUGUAAAAUGGGCUAACUAAUAUGUACCCUUGUGAUCCAAUUAGUUUCAACUGUAUGAAAAUCAGAGGAGAGGCUUCUUAUUAUUAUGCUGAAAUAAAAGAAUUUGUAAAGGAAA